AUGCUGCAGGCUGCUGCAGAGGGCCUCGCUGGGGGGCCCCCCGGGGCCCCCCAAGGGGGGCCCCCCGGGGGGCCCCCCUGCCUGCCGCCUUUUCCUUCUCAGUACCCAACGCGAUGUGUGCUGGGUUGUGUGCAGCUGAUUGACUGCGUCGCAGCGCCGGGUGAUGACUGCGGCGGCUCGGAGGCUUUCCUCUUUCGCUUUGCCUUGCCGCAGCUGCUGCAGGUUCCUAUGAAGAUUCAAGGGGGCGACAAGUUUUGGUGUUUGCCCAAGGGCCUCCUCCCGACCCUCCAGGCUUCUCUUUUGCCGCCGCGCUGGCCGGCGGUCUGGGGGCCCCCAGCAGCACUGCUGACCCCCAGCAGCAGCAGCAGCAGCAGCAGCAGCAGCAGCAGUGUUGAGGGGGAUGAUGCACCUGAGCAGCAGCAGCUGCAGCAGCAGACAGACCCGACCGCAGAAGAGCCCGAGGCCUUCUGGUGA